AUGAGGUGUGAAUAUUGGUUCCCCGCGGGGUCCGCGUCCCGCUGGCGACCCCUAGGGCGUGGGCGCAGCUGCCCCUCAAUGCCCAAAUUAACAGGUACUGUCACUUUUGAAAGUGGCGAUAGGCUGUAUGUCAGCCAGCAUGCGUCGCGGUCCUCAUCACCCCACGGGCAGGGUAUACAGAAGACACACAGCCACUAUAGCCCGAGAGGAACAGAGAAGCUCACUCAAGAAUCUCAAUUAUUGCAUGAUACGAAACACAUAGAAGAGGAUAUAAAAGUGCUGACACCGGAAUUAUUGGCCAAUAUGACCCCUGAGGAGUUGGAGUUCCAUUAUUUCUCCGCUCAUGACUUCGACAGGAACUCCAUGUUAGACGGCCUAGAGAUGUUAAAGGCUGUAUAUCAUACAAUGGACCAUGAACAUUCUGAAGCGGAAACGCCAAUAGAGCCUGAAGCAAACCAUAUUGAUGAAUACAUUGCCUUAGUGGAUAAAACGUUAGAGACAGAUGACACGGACGGAGACGGCUAUGUAUCCUACGCGGAAUACCGCGCGGCGAGACUGAAUAAUCCUUCAGAGAGGACGCCUAGAGUUGUAGCUGCAGGCUCCAUAUAG